UGAUAGCUAGAUUUCUAUUUCUAUAACCGAAUACUAACUGUUGCCUAUGAAAUUCUCAAUUAACAACGGAUCACAAUACAAAAGUCUCCCUUCAUGGCAGGUAUUUACAAGAGGCCUGCAAAUCUGCAGACUGGUCAAUCUGUUAUCAUGAAGGGCUUCACGAAGCUGAAGGGAAUGGGACAACUCGCUAUAUACACCUUUUACAGUGUGUACGUAGGAGCAGGAACCCCUUCGAGGACACAGAGGAUGGCACAAAGCUCAAGCAGAAGGACAGCCAACAGUUUGGAAGAAUUUCUGCCACGUUCCUUUACCCUUCCACCUGGGAAAACAUCCUUAGAGAGGAAUGAAAUAUGCCUCACACUCCAUAGAGACCUGCUUUCAUCUCCCAUUAUGCAUGACUGUUUUGUUGUAGAUCAUGGAAAUGUGGAAGGCACUUAUAGUAAAAAUGAAUCUGAAAUCAUGUAUGAGUCAACCUUAUGUUAUAGCAAUCUCAUUCAUGUUACAACAAGAGGCAGUGACAAAGGUUGUGCCCUGAUUGCUUCUGUUGAUUGGGAGAACAAGCUGUGGUGGGAGUCAGCAUUUCAGACUUUGGAUGUGGGAAGAAAAGCCAAGGACAGCUAUGAAACCUUCCCAACUCACCGCAUUAAGAGACAUCUCCUUCAGGCGACAUCUUCCACUGUGGUUCAGAACAAAGCAACCUUUAACCUCUUCACUUAA